AUGACCCCCUUUAGUCCCAAUUGUCAUUUAAAGAACGUAUGGGUAGAAAUUGGGCGAUUAAAAAUCCAUUUUUCUUGCAUUCAUCAAAUUCUAAUGGCGGAUUUGUUCUUAAAGCAGGCAAGACAGUACGCAAUUGCUCGUCCAACUUAUCCAAAGGAGCUCUUUGAUUUCAUUGCUUCCAAAACUUCUCUACAUGAUCUUGCUUGGGAUGUUGGCACUGGCAGUGGACAAGCCGUUCCUCAUCUAGCAAAGAUGUUCAAAAAUGUGAUUGGAACAGACACAAGCGAGAAGCAGCUAGAACAUGCACCCAAGCUCCCAAAUGUUAAGUAUUAUUGUCAAACACCAACCAUGUCUUUACAAGAACUUGAACAAAAUGUAGCCUCUGAAUCAUCUGUCGACUUGAUAACCGUAGCACAAGCAUUACACUGGUUUGACCUCCCCAAAUUCUACGAUCAAGUCAAGUGGGCCUUGACAAAGCCUAAUGGUGUCUUUGCAGCAUGGUGCUACACCACUCCUGAGGUUAAUGACAAGGUGGACGCGGUUUUUGAGCCUUACUUCAAAAUAGAUUCGGCGCCAUACUGGGAUGAAGCUCGUAAACUUGUGAACGAUAAAUAUAUGGAUAUCUAUUUUCCGUUUGAGCCUAUAGAUGGGUUGGAUCAUACAGGCCCGUUUGAGUUCAAGUCCGAGAUGGUGAGGAAUUUCGAAGACUAUAUGACAUAUUUAAGGUCUUGGUCUGCUUAUGUUACUGCAAAGGAAAAAGGGGUGGAGUUGUUAACUGAUGAGAUUGUGGAAAAAUUCAAGAAUGCUUGGAAUGAUGGAAAUGAUGCAGGGGAGGCUAAGGUUUUGACUUAUCCUAUUUAUUUGAGGAUUGGCAAAGUUGGGGAUCUUAUUAAAGGAUAACUAUUAAUUACUCCCUUUGUGAUGAAGUGAUUUCAAAACCAACUAUUGACACAAGUAAUCAGAAUUCGAUAUGAACCACUAAAUUGUGUGGUUAUGAUUAAAAGUGAAAGAAAAUAAGAAUAAAUAUAUAGAUAAGAAUUAAAGAAAAUAGUAGGAAUAGUACGUAAAGUAGAAAUGUUGUAAAAUUAUAGAAACAGAGGAAGUAGUAUGUAAGUAUCUAUUUAUUGGUAAGUAUGUGUUGGUACUUCUUUUGUAAUGCCUUUCUAAUAAGUGAAUUAUUGUUAUUUUUCGCCUAUAAA